AUGGGGAAUUGCUGCUGUAGAUGGGAACCUUCAAUAUACAGAGUAUCAUCCAAUGCAAAGUCCGAGUCUCCGAAGGAUCAAAGUCCAUCAGAAAAGGCAUGGAAAGAUGACACUAAGCUACCAUCAAAUCCUGAGGAAGUGGAACACCUGCGUCGAAGUACGGCAGCUAAUCCACUGAUUGCUUUUACAUUUGAUGAGCUAAAGGCCAUCACGGGAAACUUCAGACAAGAUUACAUGUUAGGUGGAGGAGGAUUUGGAAAUGUAUAUAAAGGGCACAUUUCCGAAGAUUUAAGAGAAGGGAUCCAGUCAAAUACGGUUGCUGUCAAGGUUCAUGAUGGAGAUAACAGUCAUCAAGGUCACAGGGAAUGGCUGGCUGAGGUAAUCUUUUUGGGGCAGCUUUCUCAUCCAAAUUUAGUGAAAUUGAUUGGAUAUUGCUGUGAAGAUGAACAUCGUGUUCUAAUAUACGAGUAUAUGUCUCGAGGGAGCGUUGAAAACAAUCUAUUUUCGAGAGUCUUGCUUCCCCUUCCAUGGUCUAUCAGAAUGAAGAUAGCAUUUGGAGCAGCAAAAGGACUUGCUUUUCUGCAUGAAGCUGAGAAACCUGUUAUCUACCGGGAUUUCAAGACUUCUAACAUUUUACUGGACCAGCACUACAAUGCAAAACUCUCUGAUUUUGGUCUAGCUAAGGAUGGACCAGUUGGGGACAAAUCUCAUGUGUCUACUCGCAUAAUGGGAACCUACGGAUAUGCUGCACCAGAAUAUAUUAUGACAGGCCAUUUGAGUCCUAGAAGUGAUGUAUAUAGCUUCGGUGUGGUUCUACUUGAGCUUCUGACAGGAAGAAAAUCUCUGGAUAAAUCCAGACGAGCCCGCGAACAGAAUCUUACAGAUUGGGCUAUCCCUCUCAUGAAAGAAAAGAAGAAAUUGCUUGAUAUUGUAGACCCAAGAUUAGAAGGUGAUUAUCCCAUAAAAGGAGUUCAAAAGGCUGCCAUGCUUGCUUACCAUUGUUUAAAUCGAAAUCCAAAGGCAAGACCAUUAAUGAGAGACAUAGUAGAUUCCUUAGAGCCUCUUCUGGUCCCUGAUUUUGAGAAGUCAACUUUCCCUGUUACAAGGGAGAUCUCCAACUCAUCAAUUUAA